AUGAAAACAUUAAUUAUUGGUGCGACAGGUUAUAUCGGUUCCCGGAUCGCUCACAAAUUUCGAUCACAGGGAGAUGAUGUCUACGGAUUAGCACGCACACAGAGAGGCCAGAGUGAACUCCUAUCAGCAGGAAUAACUCCUCUCCUAGGCGAUUUGACGGCAAUCGAACAGCUGACAGAACAUCUGGAUGAUUUUGAGACCAUUGUCUUUGCCGCUACCGUCUCAUUUGAAGAUGAACAGCAAAUCAUAGGAUCUCUCCUCAGCGGGUUUGCACAAGCAGGCAAAACGCUAAUUUUCAUUUCUGGAUCUGGCGUCGUGUCAACUCCAGCUGUGAAUGGUGAAUGGAAUGAUUUUACAGCAGCAGAAGACGACCCUUUUCCUUUCAGCACCAAGCUGAGAAACCGAGAGGUCAGGCUGGCUACCGAACAACUGGUUCUGAAUGCAGCCAGAGACGGCUUUCGUGGCUUGAUUAUCCGACCCCCACUUGUCUGGGGUCAUGGAGGGAGUAUCCAAAUUCCUCAGUUCUUUGAGUCGGCUCGCAAAACGGGCAACGUCUGCUACCUUGGGCUGGGACUGAAUCUCUACUCACAUGUGCACGUGGACGAUGUGGCUACUGCUGCAUAUCUCGCAUCUGAGAAAGCGGUCGCUGGAGGUGUCUAUCACCUGGUUGCUGGUGAAGUCAACUUCCGGACCAUCGCCGAGGCUGUUGGCGAAGUCACCGAGUGCCCCACCAGAAGCGUCACCCUUGCAGAAGCCGUCGAACUCUGGGGAAGCACUUGGGUCGAGAUCGGAUUGGCGGUUAACAGUCGCUUGCGUGCGCCGAAAGCGCGAUCUGAAUUAGGUUGGAGUCCGGAGCACGUGGAUUUGGUUGCUGACAUCAGGCAAGGGUCCUACAAGAAGGCAUUCGAGGAGGCGAAGGGGACCGGCAGGUUUCAAAGCUACACCUGGAAUGCCCAUUGA